AUGAGUUUAAAAACUGAUCUGAAUUGUAAUCGAACACUUGUAUUAACAAAACCACCAAAUUUACCUGUUGAUCAAAAACCAUUUGCACCAGAAGAUAUAAAUGAUCCAUUUCAAAUACAAAAGAAAAAUAUUCGCACAGCCGCACUCAUCGUUUGUACAUUUACAUAUUUAAUUAUUGGAGCAUGUGUAUUCGAUGCACUAGAAGAUGCACCAUCAAUAGAUCGAAAGCGUCAUUUUGAACGGAAAUUUGCUCAAUUUAGACUUGAUCACAAUAUGACCAAUGAAACAUUUCGCCAGUUAGCAGAUUUAAUUGUAAAUAAAACUAUUCUUCGUCAUAAAUGGCAAUUUUAUGAUAGUUUCUAUUUUUCAACUGUUGUUUUGGCUCUAAUUGGCUAUGGUCAUCGAACAUUAAUAACAAAACGUGCAAAAAUAUUUUGUAUUUUAUAUGCAAUGUUAGGUAUACCCAUGUGGUUAAUUACAUUUCAAUCAGCAGGUGAAAGAUUAAAUUCUUUAUUAAGUUAUAUACUUUCAAAAAUCAAACAAUCACUUCCAUCAUUGAUGAAUUUACUUGUUAUACGUAUUGUUGCAUUUUAUUCUCAAGAACGUUUACUUGAAAAACUUCGAGAAGAAGAAGCAGCUAGUCAUGCUGUACUUCUUAAAGGCGAUGUUAUUUGUUCAACAAAUAUAAAUAAACAACGAUCAACAACAGCAUCGCUAGUAUCUGGAAGAACACCAAAUCAACAACAAAUAUUAAUACAUUCCAGUCAAACAUCUGUUUGUUCUUGUACUUGUAUGGAAACAUUUAGUGGUUGGAAACAAGCGAGAAAAAAACGUGCUAAAUGGAAAAAACAAAAUCGUGAAGAAAGAAACAAAACAAUGAGAGCAUAUGACUCACCUAACUCGGUUCAAAUUAGCUUUGCUGUAAGACGAUGUUCAGUAUGA